CCGUCCCACAAAAGCUUUAAAAUCAAGAGAAAGCUGGGCAAGAAGAUGAAGCAAAACAGGCCAAUCCCACAGUGGGUUAGACUAAGGACUGGAAAUACCAUCAGGUGAGCUUUUUGAUGUGUGCUCUGAUUAGACUUCGAUGGGACAGACGCACAGUCCAGCCUUGCUUUUUUAUUCAUUUAUCACUCCAUAAUAUUAAUUUUACAAAUAAUGUUUUGCUGGGUCGUAUUGGUAUAGUCUAGUGAAAUUAGCCUGAUCAUACUAGCGUAAUUAAUUAAAUUCGUAAACCACGUAAUGAUACAUGAGCUCAAAUAUAAGGUAGAUGGAAAAUACACUGUAUCUUGGUUCAGGAGUCAAAAGAACGUAAGAUAUGGUCGACGCAACCCUUUCUGUCACACUUUCUCCCUUCCUGAGUGCAUCCUAAGUGGACAAAGCUAAAAGCUAAGAGUCAGACCUAUAGUCCAGAUAGGCUAGACUGCAGAUUACCUGCCUCUAUUAAAUCCGUAGCUCAUCCAUCAAAAUAAUGGUAUGGAAAAAGGGUUUUUACCCUGCAUACACUGGAGAUGCUUAACAACUUUAAGAACCCUCUUUUGUUCAUUUCUGUGGCCGCUGGUGUCCCCAAAAUUCCUGGUAAUGGCCUAGGUGUAACAAGUAACUUAUUGACAUGUAUUAGUGAUAAAUAACUAUGAUGCAGGCAUCAAAGGAAUUGUAUUUUAUUGGCAUAAGCUUUGGAAGAUCAAAAUGACUCCAGAUAUGCAGGCUUUAUGUUGAAACACAAACUAGAACCAACUGUAAUAGCUUGUUUAGCAGGCAGAUUAGACUUGCUAAAAGUCAAUUGCGUGAGCGCCGAAAUCGCAAGGGGCGCUCGCUCACAAGCAACAUAAGUCGCAAGUCGACUCGUUUUCAUCUACCCAAGAUUUAAUUUAUUUUACAUAAUGUUGGCAUGAAAAGUGGUUUGUGACAUAGUUUGACAGCCAACAGUGCUCAUAUGACUGGGUGGUCUGGACACUGAGAUAAAUGUAGAUGACCUGACCUGAAACAAAACUGUUUUCCGAGUCUGUCUUUCUGCAAAAUCAAAAGAAGCAACUUAUUUCUUAUACACCUGUUCUUUCAAAGUUUUCUCUUUCCUGUCUUCAUGUCAUUGUUGUCAUGGUGCUCAAGUGUCACCAGACCUGCUUGUUCACAUUACUAACAAUAACAAUUGUAUAAUAUUAAAUGUACAUUACAAUGUACAUAUUGUACGUGGUGUGUACCCGACAUUAUUAUCCUUCAUUCCCAGUGACGCAUUUAUGCAUAGUAAUUAGUGACAAGGAACCUAUGCAAUCAGCUUUUUAUCAAUAAAAGUAAGAUGAUGAAUUUUAAGCCUGGUCAAUACAUGAGGAAGAUGUUUUUCUCAGAGGUGGAUCAGAAGAAAAGUAUGCUCGAUUGUACAGGCCAUAAAGUUGUAGGGUCAACUUCUUUUGGGAAUACACCUUUGCAUUUUUUCUUCUGAGCUGCCUGUGCCACUGACUUAAAAACAUCUUUUUCAAGCAUUUCGUUAUUUGGAAAACAACAAUAGUUUUUAAUUUAACCUCUGCUUGAUGUUAUUCCACUUUAGAUAUAAUGCCAAGAGACGUCACUGGCGUCGUACCAAACUGGGAUUGUAA